AUGUACAGACACAGCAAGCGCCGAGUGUUGGAACGGAACAACAUCGUGGGAGAUGACUCCACAGUCACGCCGGCAAAUUAUCCACAUAGACUGAGUUUCUAUGCUCUACCUCCUUUGGAAGAGAUCACACUGGAUCAGUUCGAAUUGUGGGCGAUAGACCGGUUGAAGGUACUGGCAGAGGUCGAGAGAUGUAUUGUGAAUAACAUCACGGGCCAGACAAUGGAAUCGCUACUGAAACCGGUUCUGGCAGAACAUUUGCCAUUGGGAACACAUGGAUCUGCCAUUGAGAGUGAGAGGAAGAAAGAUCACUAUUCACAUUAUAUCUUACGACUGGCGUUCUGUCGUAAUGAAGAUCUACGAGCUAAACUGGUCAGAUUAGAGACAGCACUAUUCAAGUACCGAUUUGCAACAGACGAUUCUAAUGAUAGAAAGUCGUUUAUUCAAGAUCUCAAUCUUGAUUGGGAACAAGUGAGCCAGCAAGAAAAAGAUACUCUGGCUGCGGAGCUUGCUCAUGCCACUGUUCCCUCGCCAGCUAUCAACGAAACCUACUUCAAAGUCGACUUCGAGAGAGUUUGCGAUCUAGUAGAAUCACGUCGAGUACUUGUUAAACGUGGAAAGGCAUAUGUUCCUAACUCACUGCAACAGUCAUUAAUUGCAGCGGAAUUUUCAUCUCGACUGGACCAAGCAUUAAUGCUCACAGCUCGAGCUCUGCCAAGGUUAGAAGAAGAUCAGAGAUUAGUACCUGUACUAACUCACUUAUCGUCCGGAUUUGCCUGGCAGACUUACAGCGGACCUAUCUACUCUGAUGAAGGCUUUACAGCAGAUUCAGUAGCAGCUUUAGACAGAGCAGGACACUUUCCUCUAUGUAUGCACAAUAUGCAGCGAGGUUUAGAAGUCAACCAACAUCUGAAAUAUGAGGGCCGAAAACAAUACGGUACUUUUCUUCGAGCAAUUGGUCUGUCUGUGGAAGAGUCGCUUAAGUUUUGGCGUAUGAUGUUCAAGAAGGUGACUGAUGACAAGUUCAACAAGGAGUACGCAUACAAUAUCAAGCAUUCUUACGGCUUGGUAGGUUCAAGGCGGGCAUAUGAGCCUCAGAAUUGUGUUCAUAUAGGCAUGAGCGGUGUUGGCCGUGACGAGAUUCACGGUUGUCCGUAUAAAGAGUUCUCUCCAGACCGUCUAGCAAGUGAACUGCGAGAAAUGGGCAUCACCGAUACUGCUGAGUUGUCGAAAAUCCGCGACCUCACCCAGAAGCAUCAGUAUAGCAUGGCAUGUACCCGUGUUUUUGAACUCACACAUCAAGGAGGUGAGCCCUCAAAAGAAACUAUCAUGGCGCCCAAUACCUACUUUUCGCUAUCAUAUGAGCAUGCCAAAAAGACCGAGCUCUCACAAUCUUAA